AGCGUAUCAAUGAUUUAUACGAAACGUCAAUGUGAAGUUUGUCAAAAAGGUGACAAAAACUGGACAAAAAUCGUUUUGGUUGUUCAAAUAUACAUUGUAAAUAAGGAAUCGAUAUCGCUUCCGACUUACUGAAACAAAGCACGUUGUUUAUAAAAGGUGUAUUAAAAGUAAUAUCGGAAAAUGAUGUGUCUCGACGAUUCAAGAAGUCAAAAUUUAUUCGACUCUGAUAGAGAUAGCAUCAGUAGCGGAGAAGAAAUACCUAUAUGGGUACGAGGGGAACAAAGAUGGGUGUCCGGAGUAUCUGAUGAAACUACUUGCCAAGAUGUUAUCCAAAUUCUUUUACAAGAUGAAGAAAGACGGGGUCGACCAAUAAGCUAUUCACAACAAUACCAAAUUACAGAAAGAUGGCGAGGGGUAGAACAACCUUUAGACGAUUUAUCAAAAAUUUUGGAUAUUUGGAAUGCAUGGGGUACUGCACAAACAGAGGUAAAAAUCUCCCUCAGAAGGGUAAAACUCGAUCUCUUGAGGCCUACUAGUAGAAGAACUCGGUGUCGGUCAGAUUCAAGUACAUGGUCUGAUAGAAGCGCUUUUAAAACCAUCCAUCCCAAAAGAUUACAAGCUCUACAAAACGAAAAGCAACCUUCAAGUACAGAAGAAUUACUUAAAUUAGUUUUAGCUCAAGGAGAAGUUAUUAGAAGGCAACUCAAAAAAUUAAGGCACAGUGAGCACCAAAUUGGUUACCUAGAAGACAAAACCCAUCGAGCCAGAGUAAGAAAACAUGGCAGUAAUUAUUUAUUAGAGACGUACCUAAAAGGCUUAUCAGAAGCAGUAGACCCAGAACAAGAUACCUUCAUUGCUGAUAAGAAUAGUGAUAGUGGCGUAAUGACCGAAGGAGACAGUGAACAGUCUAAUAAGCAGACUAGAACAGCAGAGACACUAUCAGAGCGAUUUUCUCCUUGUUCGCAAGACUCCAAUAAAGAAUCGAAAGAUGACGAUUCCAGUUCCACUGUAAGCGAGGCCACUAUAAAAGAACAAGUUGGUUUAUUUGAAAGAAUAAACAAACUUAACAAGCGUCUCCUUAAAGAGGAAGAAAAUUUAGUCAGGCUAGAAGCAAACCUGAAAAAGUAUCAUAAAAAAGAAAAAGAGAAAAGAGAAAACGAUAUUGAUGUCAGCGAAACUUUAACCAAACUUCGUACUGACAUGAUAAAGAGUUCUUGUGAAAUGCAACACAACGAAAUAGUUUUAGAAGAAACCAUGGACAAACUGGAAAAUCGAAGAUUGUUCCUAGAAAAUCUUCACAAAGAACUUGUAAACGAAGAUCAAGAACACGAAAUGCUUCAAGCACUGCUGUUCAGCAAAAUGCAACAGAUAGAAAUAGAAAAAAGAAGAAGUAGAAGUCAAUGUUUGUACCAAACCAAAGAAUUGUUGGAUACCCUAGUUUAGAAUGAUCUAAAAUGUCUAAAUUAAUACCAAAUAUUGUGUACCUAAUAGCUUUGUUAACAAUAACCAUAGGUUCUAUUAAAAUUGAUUUGUUGUUGAUUUUUGUAAUAUAUAUUUUAAACUA